GCGCGCUCCGCGCGUGCGCGCAGGACGGGCAGUCGAGCGCCGAAAGGCGGAAGGGGUGCGCUGCCAUCUUGGCCCGGGCACGGCCCCUCCGCCAUGGAUGCGGGCGCGGGGGCGCGGAAGGAGCGGCCGAAGCCGCGGGAGGCGGCGGCUCGCCUGGAGAAGGCCAAGCAGAGGUCGGCGCAGCAGGAGCUGAAGCAGCGGCAGCGGGCGGAGAUCUACGCCCUGAACCGCGUGAUGACGGAGCUGGAGCAGCAGCAGUUCGACUCCUUCUGCAAGCAGAUGCAGGGAUCCGGGGAAUGACAGCCAGCCCGGCCUCUGCCCUCCCCCCCUUUUCUAAGCCCCCGGUAUUUAUUAGCAGAUCGCCCUUUUUGUAUCAAUAAAUCUGUGCUGGUUCUCGGUC